CCGUAAAGCUUGUAGUAUUGAGUUUAGACAGCAGUGUUAUGUGUUGAGGUGUCUUGAGUAUGAAGCCAUCUACAAGGAAGGAAGUACUUGUAUCAAAAGUUUUAGCAAGGCUGUAUCCUGCAGACGUUUCAUAUUCUUCCAGUUCGCAACGGCCUACACUGCAGUCUGAAAUAAAGACCACACAGAGCACACCGCCAGAAGAUGUGGAAAUUCUACAGUCUCCAACAGAAUCCUCACCAGGUUCUGAAAAGGGUCCCCCAAAUAAUCAGAAGGUGUACACUGUGAGUUUGCCACCAGAUGACUACGUACCAAGUUCUCAAAAUGAUUGCAGAUCAUCCAACUCAGAACAUUCAGAGAACAGCGAAGAUACAGAAGGGAAUAACCCAAGGCUUUCUAAAAGGCGCAGAAGGAAGAAGAAAGCACGUAGUAGUCCUCAGGUUGUGGCUGAGGGCGAAAACAACAUCCAUCCUCCAAUCCUGCCUUUACAAACCUCUGUCCAUAUUAACAAAAACAAGCGAAGGAAGCUGCAGAGGAAGCGCCAGAAGGAAAGGCUAAAGGCUGCAGGGCUGUGGCCAAAAGUUAGAGCUUCUGUUUUAAUAGACCAGCCGGAAAGAUGUGAUGAACAAGCAGAAACCUUAAACUGCCCCGAUGAAACAAUCAUGGAGGAAGAGAUGAUGAAGAAGUCUGGGGAUCUGCUGGAUUUCCUAGAGGCAACUCAAGAAAUCUACUUUACAGAUAGCAAAUCCAGAUGUGAAACUGAUGCGUUGUCUCUUGAUGUUAUCCUUGAAACACUAAAUCAGAUCAAGAGCAGGAAAAUGCCUUCAUCCGAUGUGACUGCCUUGCAUCAUCUUAAGACCCUGGUACUUCUACAGGAUAUUGAAAGAUUAAAGGAGUCUUUGGAAAGCUUCAAAGAACAUUCUUCCUUACCUAUUGAUCACAAAAUGGUACUUUGUUCUCUUUUCUACUACUGGAUAACCGAUAUUCUUCCAAUGCGGAAAAUAAAUUAGAUUUACUUUAUGCAUUUGUAAAUAUUUUCGUGGAUAUAUUUUAUGUGAACCUCAAAUUUUAUAUUAAUAAAUGUAAAUUUGAAUAAA